CUCAAACCAAAUCCCAUAAUUUUAUUCCUUAAUUUACAUUUUUCUUUCUGCAUUUUUGUUUUCCGAAGCAAAGAAGUGAAAAUGGAGGGCAAAGAAGAGGAUGUUAGAUUAGGAGCCAACAAGUUCAACGAGAGGCAACCUAUUGGGACCGCCGCUCAGAGCCAAGACGACGGCAAAGACUACACCGAGCCACCACCGGCUCCGUUUUUCGAGCCCGGCGAGUUAACGUCUUGGUCGUUUUAUCGGGCCGGGAUUGCCGAGUUCGUUGCCACUUUCCUUUUCUUGUACAUCACUGUUUUGACUGUUAUGGGUGUUGUUAAGGAGAAAACAAAGUGCACAACGGUCGGGAUUCAAGGGAUUGCUUGGGCUUUCGGCGGUAUGAUCUUUGCUCUUGUUUACUGCACUGCCGGAAUCUCAGGUGGUCACAUUAAUCCGGCGGUGACGUUCGGAUUGUUCUUGGCGAGGAAGCUGUCGUUGACGAGGGCGGUUUACUAUAUGGUGAUGCAGUGUUUGGGGGCCAUAUGCGGCGCUGGUGUGGUGAAAGGGUUCAUGGGGAAGACUCGGUACGGCGCCUUGGGCGGCGGAGCUAACUCGGUGGCUCAUGGCUACACCAAAGGCGAUGGGCUUGGUGCUGAAAUUGUUGGGACCUUUGUUCUUGUGUACACCGUCUUCUCAGCCACUGAUGCCAAGCGUAGCGCUCGAGAUUCUCAUGUCCCUGUUUUGGCACCGUUGCCGAUUGGGUUCGCGGUGUUCUUGGUCCACUUAGCUACCAUUCCGAUCACCGGAACCGGUAUUAACCCGGCUCGUAGUCUUGGUGCAGCCAUCAUCUUCAACAAGGACAAGGGAUGGGAUGAUCAUUGGAUUUUCUGGGUGGGCCCAUUCGUUGGUGCAGCACUCGCAGCACUCUACCACGUUGUUGUGAUCAGAGCCAUUCCUUUCAAAUCAAAGUGAUGAGAUGAAGAUCAACGGUCGUGAAUGUAUAACUGCGAUCUUAUGAUAAACUUCAAAAAAUGGGGAAAAUGAAAACGUCCCACCACCCGCUCUAUGUUUCUUUGCGUUAAUUUUCUCUUGUUUGUAUGCUUUUGUGUUUUUGUAUGUACAUAUAUGUAUGUGAUAUUAUGCUUUA